GUUGAUUCCCAAUCUCAUUUUCAUUUUCUAUCAAAUAACACAUUCUUACGUUCCGUUAUUUUCUCUAGGCUUCGCUAUAAUGAAUGUGGACCCUACCACCGAUAUCAUCCCCCAUUCCGACCACAUUUCCACCACUCUCACUCCAAAUGAGUUACCGGACACCUACGCUACCGUGGUCGUAUGGAUAAUAGCUCUCAUUAUGCUAUUCUCGCUGAUCGGCAACGCACUAGCACUAAGCUCGCUAAGUCGCAACAGAAAGUCAGUGUACCCCUGGUUCUUCAACCUAGCCUUCUCCGACCUUCUAAAGACCCUCUUCUGCAUGCCUUACUCCAUCUACCUCACUCAAUCAGACUAUUUUAGUAACUCCGACGGAUUUGAGAACGAUACCAAGUGCCAAAUAUUUGGGUACAUAUUCCACCUGACCAUGCUGAUGGGACUAAUCUCGAAUAUGUGUGUGGCACUGGACCGGGUACACGCCACCUACUUCCCCUUCCACUACUCCAACAACCUCAAGCGGUGUCCUGCUCAGUAUCUCAUCCUCAUAACCUGGCUGUUUGUUCCUCUCGUUGCUGCUCUGCCUUUCUUUCUGCAGACUGGACCUAACGCAAAAUCCCCGUUCUCACUACCGGAUCUCUAUAUGCCGAUGUGUGUGUUUGAUAUCUGGGACGCGAACGCGCUGGUCGGAGAGAAAAUGGAGAAGUUGGAUGUGUAUGUGGUGCUGUACUACUCUACACUCUACAUGCUGCCCAUACUUGUCAUCGUCACAUGCACUUGUCUUGUUAUGAAGAAGCUACUUCCACGAAUAAUGGCGGAGAGGAAAUUACAUGAAUGUACUAAGAGUUCAGUUAUUAUCGCUAACUCCACUGCUAUGGGGGAGAAGGACCUCACAACAAUUGGGGACGAGAAUCAGCUAGCUAACAUCUCACCUAACGGUGUGAACUGUUCGUCUCCUAAAUCAGGACGGAAGAGCAGGUUCUCUAUGCUAGACAACAUGUUGAAGCUUCAUACAGGCACCAAGCAGGUCAACAGAACGCACUUUAAACGAAAUCAGUGGAGAGCAAUACAGACGAUGAUAAUAGUGUCUAUAGCAUUUGUGCUGUGCCACGUGAUGCACAUAAUGUACUGGGUACUUUAUAACGAUGUCUUCAAGGGGAUAGACUCUCUCAGCGACGUCAAGUUAAUGUCUAACACUUCGUUUAUCGCUCUAUCCUGUGUGAAGACGGGCCAGAUAAUAAUAGUGUAUUUUGACGCAGCGGUUAACGUUAUAGUGUAUUACAGCAGAUGUACGCUUAUCAAGGAGUCCAUGUUGGACACAGCCCGCACUUUCAUUACAAUUCUUAUGAGUCCUGUAUUCCUGAUCAUGAAGAAUAUUAGGGACUGAGUAGCCAUGGUAACACACUACACUUUCAGUUUCUAGUUGUUUAUUUGUUUGUUGCUUUGCUUUUUAUUUGUUCAGAUGCUGAGAACUUGAAAUGCAGUCACUUUAUUAUUUUCUGUGCGAUACACAGUCGAAUUUUAAAUAAUGGAAUUGUUAUAGAAUAUUGAAGAUUGCUAUCCAAGGCAGCUAAAAGUGCGUCACGUCCAAUUGUAUGUUGUUAUUGAAUAUUGAUAACGGACGGUUUUGGAACCGAUGAGAUAACAUUUAUUAAUUGUGUAUUAUUUUUUGUUUUGGCUAUCAUUUUAACCAAUCAUUUUUGGGAUGACGUUUGCACUUGAUGAAUAUUAAAUUCCAGAAUGUAACCAUGGUAACAGAAUGACCCUGCAGCUGCUAUUUUAAUUUUGAAUAAUUUGCUUUACU